UUUCAGGAAGGUAAAUGGUUGUGGGGUGCUAGUCUCUGUAUGUUUUGGGUCACCUUGGACGUAGGAUUUUGCUCCGCAUCCAUUUACAGUCUGAUUGGAAUAAGUAUUGAUAGGUUCUAUGCUGUAUAUAGACCAGUCAGUUAUGUGACUCGUAAGAGAAACACCCUGACAACCAACCUGCUGCUGAUCUUUUCCUGGUUGAUGGCUCUCCUCAUCUCCCUCCCCAUGUUCGUGGAGAAGGAGGGGUUCUCCAACUGGCCAACUUCAGUCAGGAAUAACUCCAUGGAAGAAUGUAUUCCCCCCGUAGAACCAGCAUCUACUGGAUAUGUACUUUAUGCUGGACUACUAGCUUUCAUCUUUCCAUCUUUAGUUCUAAUCUGUCUUUAUGCUGUCAUAGCACACAAAAUGAGAGAAACUCAACAGCAGAGAAUUGAUAAAGCUUUUGUGGAGGUUCGUGAAGAGGAUGAAAACCACAGUACAACAAUGAAAUCCUCGGAUAAAGCGGCAAUUUCUAAAUUGUUGAGAGAAACCAGUAAAGUUGAAUUCAGCUUUGCGGAGUCCUCCGAUAUCAUGAUAGAAGAAUUGCAGGGCUUGCCUAGAAUGAGAGACGACACAGUAACUACUAGGAAAAGUCAAAGAGAAUCAAGAACCAGACGAAAAUAUAAGCGAGAACUUAACGCUCAACUUCGAAUUACUAUAAUGAUGGGAGUUAUCAUUUCUACAUUUGCAGUGUGUUGGACUCCAUUUGCCAUCAUGUUUAUCAGUUUCCCGUUUAGUCCUGAUUUCUGGUUUGAACACUACAAAUGGAUAGACGUUAUUACUUGGAUAGGUUAUGUAAACUCCUGUCUAAAUCCUGUAAUCUAUGCUAUCAUGAACAAGCAGAUUAGAAGAGGAAUGAUUGCUAUCUGUUCGGGGAAAAGAAGAUAAAAUUCUUGAACGAUUUGUUUCUCAAAAUAACUGUUAAGUUUGACGUAAUUUAAAGUGACAGUCCACUAAAAGAGUUGCAUGCUCAAUUCACCAUGGUACCCAUUAAACUUGUUUUCCUAGAUAUCUAAUAAAGUAUAAUAAUCAAUAAAACCAUCUAUAUUGCGGCCGAAAUAAGGCAUGAAUGGUAAAUAUAAUGGUUUAAAAUUUAAAAACCUUUGUGAAUCAGACAUACAACUCUUUAAGCGGAGGAUUUAAUUUACGUCAACAGUGCCUUUAGUGAAUUUUUGUCGAAGAAAAAAUGUUUGCGUUUUCUCGCUUGUUUUGCUAAAUAAAAUAUAAAAUAUAUUA